AUGGAAAAAUUCAUCAUGGACAACGCUCAGCGCUACGAUGACCUGGUGAAGCGCUUUAAGCCAGCGCCUAUCAGGGCCAAGCCAAGUGAUGAAGAGUCGAACCCAGAUAUCAUCAUAGCCACUCGCAUUCGACCUAUGAUGGAAGACGAGAAAGAAGAAGGGCAGUUGAUCGGUGUUUUCCCUCGGAAAACCCUACCGGGUGCUGUCGACUUACACGAACUGAGGAGACCAGUCAGGGGUCCUCCUACUCUGGUCUCAUCAAACUACCGCGUGGAUAGAGUUUUCAACUCUGAUGACACAACCGAUGAUAUCUAUCAAGAGCUCGUUGAACCUCUUGUUCCAUGGGCUUGGGGCGGCGGAAUUAGUACCAUGUUCGCCUAUGGCCAGACUGGUUCAGGCAAAACACACACCGUUAGCGGUCUCGAGCGCCUCAUCGCAGAGACUUUGUUCUCCAAAGGUAUCCAUGGCAAACGGAACAUUUACGUUUCUAUCAUCGAACUUGCGGGCAACUCGACCUUUGAUCUUCUCAAUUCUCGAAAGUCCAUCUCUAUCCUUGAAGACUCCUUUGGAAACACCCAUCUUGCAGGUGCUUCCGAGUUCAUUGUCACCGACCCAGACUCUCUGAUCAAGCAUAUCGAUAAUGCCGCUUCUUUUAGAAGUACCGCUUCGACACAGAAGAACGACUCUUCGUCACGCUCGCAUGCCAUUUGUAAGAUACGCCUGGAAAAUCUAGAGCUGCCACAGUCAGAUGAUGGACUCCUGUAUCUCGUGGAUCUUGCAGGUUCUGAGGCGGCACGAGAUGUAACGGAGCACUCAACCCAGCGCAUAAAAGAAUCGAGAGAGAUUAAUGCAAGUCUUUCAGUACUCAAAGACUGUAUUCGUGGCAGAGCGAGUGUCGAGCCAGCUAGUAUUGCAGCUGGAAAGAAAGUCUAUGUGCCAUUCCGGCAGAGCGCUCUAACAAAGGUACUCAAACAUGUUUUUGACCCUGCGGCUGAGCGAAGCUGCAAAACCGUAGUCGUGGCUUGUAUUAACCCGAGUUUCUUGGAUGUUGGCGCUACCAAGAACACACUGAGGUACGGGGAGAUGUUGAGAGUCACUGUGCCCAAAGCGGCGGAGCAGAAGUAUGAUGCUGCGAAGCCCAGCACUUGGCCGCAUGCCUUGCUCCAGGACUGGAUUUUAAAGAAUUCUGGCACGCCGCCAGUUUCUCCCUCUUACCUCGCACCUGAAGAGAAUGGGAUACAACUCCUUCGUCUUCCGGUUCCAGAAUUCGUCACUCGAUGCCUCAAGACACCAGGAGUCACAUUGGAACAAGCGACAGCCUUCCAAGCCAAGUUCUGGCGUCUCCAUAUUGACUCCCAGCGCAGCAAGCCAAAAGCAAGCCAGAAGAAGGCUUGUUUAGAGACAGAGAAGGAUAGUCCUGGAAGUAAAGGUCUGUCAAGUAGUGACCCGAGGCCCGAAAUGGUGGGCGUCCCUUUCAAAGACCGUCUGCGGCCGGGGAUGGUGGUUAGCUGGAAUCCCGCAGACGACACUCCUGGAUUCUAUCGUCUACCGGGGCGCAAUCUCGUCAUAAUCCUGAGCCCCGAGGGCGAGGGGAGUUUUCGAUGUGCCGUCACGGUGCCUGCUAUCAUGCCGGGGGCAUUCGAGAUUUACCUGUGGCAGCAGGUUGUGGCCUCGGUCGAUACCAUGGAGACAGAAGUGUUGUUGGAGUAUGAUGUUGGAACGAGAUACUAUUACGAAAACGUGUAG